AUGUCCAUAAUAAGGAAGGAAAAAAUGAACCUUCUUAGCUUUUUCCUCUUGGCAUCCAUGGUGGUCGAGAGCAGCCAGUUAACGUGCCAAAAUGAACUCCGACGUCCAGAAUACACUGACAUCUCAGUUGAAUGUGGCACGUCCUCCAUUAGCCUGGCUAUCCAAAUCUGCCCUGUUGUCUACACUGGCUACAACGCGUCUCUGCUCAUUCUCAACCGCAUAUUUGACAAGCCGGAGUGCAAAGGAACCGUAGAUGAAUCCUCCACCCCGCCUGUUGUCAGGUUCACCUUCCCCCUCAACAUGACUAAUGCUUGUGGCAGCAACUUCCUGACCACCAGUGCAGCUGGCACAGGGAUCUUUGCCGACUUCUCUAACAUCCAGACGGUUAAUGUCAGUGGCGUGGUGCGCUCACAUGACCCAACCACAGGGAUAGUCACCUAUAACGCUGAACUAAAAUAUUACUAUUCCUGUGCUUACCCUCUGGAGUACCUCAUCAACAACACCCAGGUGGAAGUGUCAGCAUCUUCCAUUGCAGUGAGGGACAACAAUGGAAGCUUCAUCAGUACUUUGAGCAUGGAACUCUUCAGUGACAUCAACUACACCACUCCUCUGGUCAUACCACCACUGGGUUUAGAGCUGAGGACCGACGUCUAUGUCCAGGUCCGAGCAGCCAACCUAACUGAUCAGUACCAUGUCCUCAUGGACCGAUGCUACGCUUCCAUCUCUCCCUAUCCCACAAACUCCACUUUCUUCAACCUGUUUGUCUCGUGCUCCAAAGACCAGAUGACCACCAUGCACGAGAACGGGAACAGUCACCACGCCCGCUUCUCCUUCUCAGCCUUCAGGUUUCUUGAACAGCAGAACCAGACGGUGUCCACCUACUACCUGCACUGUAUCACCAGACUCUGCGAGAUCAGCACCUGUGAUGCUUUUAAGCAAUGUAACAAGAGGAGGAAAAGGGAUGUUGAUUCCACUGGUGUUUCAGGGACCACCACCCUAUCUUCAGCAGUCCCAAUUAUCACCAAAAAUGAGAAUUGUAAGUAUGCUGCCUCCAGCAGUGACUCGGACUCGGGCUCCAGGAUGGGUCUUGGGAUAGCCGUGGGCAUCCUCACUCUGGCUGUCAUUGUGAUUCUGGCUGCGGCUGCUGUCUUCUACAGAAGGCUCAGACACUUUUAA